CACUUUUGGGGGCCAGUUGCCAACUGGGGACUUCCUGUUGCUGCUAUUAAUGACAUGAAGAAAUCUCCAGAAAUCAUUAGCGGCCGAAUGACAUUUGCACUGUGUUGUUACUCCUUGACUUUCAUGAGAUUUGCGUACAAAGUGCAGCCAAGGAACUGGCUUCUUUUUGCAUGCCACUUCACUAAUGAAGUUGCACAACUUAUUCAAGGAGGACGACUGAUCAAAUACAGGAUGGAGAAAAAGAACUAAAUAUCUAACUUGAAAUAUGCCAGGGAAUGUGUUCAUCCCGAAUUACAACCAAGGAAGACUUGCCAUCUACAGUUGCUGUGACAAUUAUGAUGGGGUAAAACAGAAACACCUAUUCAGAAUAUGACCCCACCAAGAAUUCUUCUACAAUUUUUUUAUCAUGCCUUUUAAAAAGUACUCUUCAGCAAUGUAAACCAUUGCAUUUAAAGUCUUGCUGCCUUACAGGUCCUUAAUAACUACCCUUUUAAUAAAGUUAGUCAUCCAAAUAACAAGCAAUAUUUGAAAACCAACUUUUUUUAUCUGAGUCUACAAAAGUGGCCUGUGAUGGUUUGACAAAACUUGCUUUCAAAUCAAUAUGAACAGAGGUCGGUAUAACAGAACUGUAGGUGGUAUCACUGUUUUAACAUCGCUAUGUAUUAACAUUCUUAAAAGCCAUUUAACUUGGGUGCAUUCAUUCCUAUGAUGUCUCCUUUUUUUUUAUUAAUUUAAGUAGUGGUUUGCUAAUCUACAAGAACAAAUGUGUAGAUGGGCAGCCUGGAAGUGACCAGCUAUCCCUCUUCCCUUAUUGCAUGCCUUGUCUCAGUAAAGAGACUUCAUUAACAUACAUUUUUAAGUCGCACAUUAUUUAAAGAAGACUUGGAAAAUCAAAAGCAUAGCACUGAAUGAAGGAAGGCAACAAAGUCUGAUACUGUUCUUUAAGAAGUUCUAAAUGGAUUUUAUUUUUUUUCCUACUGUUUGAGUUGUUCUAGAUGUAUGUAAUACUUAUAUAAGCAAAAACUUGUUUGGAGUCUGAAGGACACAAGGUGCCUUUCAGCAGUUUUUUGACUUCAUGACCUGCCUGAAAGUUACAAUGCUGUAAAGAUGACAAAGAAUGUAUGUGAUGGGUUUUAUUUCAGUGCAGUGUUUUUGAACAAUAAACAUGUUCCAAAUGGCAAUAAAUCCCUUCAACAUUUUGAAAA